AUGCUGGACUUCAUGACUGGCACGACCAUGUCGGGGUAUCUUAGUGCCUUGCCACUCUUACUUCUGGCGCUGUACCUACUUUACAGACGUUCAACAGGACAUGACCAGCUACCUCUCCCGCCUGGACCGACUGGCCUCCCGCUCAUUGGUAAUCUCCCCGAACUCCUCUCAUCUGUCAAAGAUGGAGAGCAGCAUCUCCUUUUCCAGAGAUGGGCCCGCCAGUUUGGCGCAGUUUACAAAGUCAAGCUCGGCCCACACACGCAAUACAUGGUGAACACGGAUAUCGCCGUCAAGCAAAUCUUUGACAAGCCUGCUGGUGUCUCUGCGAAUCGCCCCGCCUGGCUAGUCAGCAGCCACCACAUGUGCAAUGACUGGAAUGUGCUUCUCAUCAACGCAGACACUCCACGAUGGAAGCAUCAACGCAGAGUGACUCAAGGCAAUGUUGGCAGCAUUCCUCGAGCAGAUGCGGGGCUGCCGUUCUUGCACUACGAGACGUUGAAGUUCAUGCACGAGGUCGUGAACGACUCUACCAUCAGAUCAUCGGGACCGGCAUUGUGGAACUCCAUCAUGAGGUAUACAUACAGUGCGUUUAGCACACAGAUGCUGGGGUUCGAUGUGCCAAAGUCCACUGAUCCCGCUAUUGGUUACAUACACGGAACUGGAAUCGCGCAAAUUCUGGGUACAUUACCUGGCGCUCACCUGGUGGAGGUACUUCCUUUCCUCGAUUACCUACCACUCUUUCUGAAACCAUGGGAGCGUGCUGGUCGAGAACGAUUUCGGCGAGACCUGGCUUGGAGUGUGAACAAGCUACGAAGAAUGAAGAAGGCCUCGGUCGAUGGUGUAGCUGUGACGGAGUCACUACUCUACAAGGUCGUCGAAGACGAGAAAUCACUUGGCUUUCCUUCCGAGGAAGAGGGUGCCUACUUUUGCUUGAUGCUGACCAUCGGUGCGGCUGAUACCAGUCAGAUCUCUACGUGGUCAUUCAUUGAGGCCAUGAUGGAGUAUCCUGAGGUGCAGGAGAAAGCUCGCCACGAAGUUGACAAAGUAGUUGGUGACCGAAUACCUGAGUUCGCCGACUACGAGAGCAUACCCUAUGUGCGGUGUCUUGUCAAAGAGACCUGGCGAUGGAGACCUCCUGUAGGUCUAGGUCAUCCUCAUGUCACAACUGAUGACAUCGUAUACGAUGGCAUGCGGAUUCCGAAAGGCUCGCAUAUCCACCUGAACGGGUACGCAUUGCAACACGAUCCCGCUCGCCAUCCACAGCCGGACAAUUUCAUUCCAGAGCGAUUCGAAGGCGACAUGACUAGCGUCAUGCAGAGCAUCAAUUCAUCGGAUGUGCAGAAGCGAGACCACUUCGCUUUCGGUGCGGGGAGACGAAUAUGUCCUGGCUAUGAUGUUGCAGAACGGUCCCUAGCUGUUGCGAUUAUGCGGCUACUGUGGGCAUGUGAGAUCAAACCCUCUCCAGAUGCAAAGCUGCCACUGAAUAUCGCAAAUUGGCGUGGUGAUUUCCCGGGUCUGCCAGGCUCAAAGAUGCCCGUCAUGAUGGUGCCACGAAGUGACGAGAAAGUAAGGCUUAUCAACGAAGCCUUUCAGUCUGCCAAUGAUGCUCGACAGAACGUGGAGCCGCUGGAUAUCUGA